AUGGAUCAACAACGAUUCCUGCAGCAGCUGCAGGUGGUUCUUGACCCCUCCAAGGGAAAUGUUAAGGAAGCUACCGGCAUCUUGCAAAAGGAGUUCUACUCCCAGCCCCAGUCCUUCGUCCUCCUUAUUCAGAUCGCUACCGGACAUGAGGACCCUCACUUCCGUCAACUCGCGGCUGUUGAGGCUCGCGGUAACGUUAACAAGCACUGGGUGAAGGUCGCCGAUGACCAGAAGCCCCAGGUUCGGGAUCAGCUGCUCCGCUCUUCGAUGAGCGAUAGCUCUUCCUGGUCCGUCACUCCAUUGCUCAUCGAUCUCGAGGAUGGCGAGUGGGCUGACUUGCCCAACCUGCUCCUCCGCGCUGCCGACGGCGGCAACCAGGAUGAGCGUGCCGUCUCUAUCUACAUUCUCUUCACCAUCUUGGAGACUCUCGGUGAAGGCUUCGAGGAGAAGUUCUCUGACCUCUUCAAGCUCUUCAGCAAGACCAUCCAGGACCCCGAGAGCGCCGAGGUCCGCAUCAACACCCUGCUUGCUCUCAGCAAGCUGGCUAUGCACCUCGAUUCGGAGGAGGACAUGGCUUCUGUCAAGGCUUUCCAGGACCUCGUUCCCUCCAUGGUUGCUGUCCUGAAGGACGCUAUCUCCUCCGGUGAUGACGACCGCAUCAUGCAGGCCUUCGAGGUCUUCCAGACCCUGCUCGGCUGCGACCCUGCCCUUCUCACUGUUCAUCUGAAGGACCUCGUUGUCUUCAUGAACGAGAUCUCUGCCAACACCGAGGUCGAUGAGGAUGUCCGCACCCAGGCCAUCAGCUUCCUCAUGCAGGCCGUUCAGUACCGCAAGCUCAAGAUCCAGGGUAUGCGCAUUGGUGAGCAGCUCACCCACACUGCUCUGCACAUCGUUACCGAGCUGGAUGAUGCCCCCAUCGACGACGAGAUCACCCCUGCUCGCUCCGCCCUCGGUCUAGCCUCCCCCCCCAGCCAGAUUGUUUACUUCAACAGCCAAGACCCUAACUACCGCCGCGCCGGUAUCAUGGCUCUGGGUAUGUGUGUUGAGGGUGCUCCCGACUUCAUCAGCACCCAGAUGCACGAGAUCUUCCCUAUGGUUCUCCAACUCCUUGCCGACUCCGAGUCCAAGGUUCGUCAGGCUUCCCUGCACGCCGUUGCCCGUCUGGCCGAUGACCUCGCCGAGGACCUCAGCCAAGAGCACGCGCGCCUGAUGCCCCUGCUUUUCCAGAAUCUGGCCAAGGCCAUGGCCGAGUACAAUGGAGAGGAGGAUGGUCCUACCAUGGACAUCAUGAAGGCUGGUAUCAGCGCCAUUGAUGCCGUCGUUGACGGUCUCGAUGAGAAGGACGUUGCUCCCUACCAAGCUGAGCUUGUCCCCAUCCUGCACAACCUCUUCAAGCACCCCGACUUCAAGAUCAAGGCUCUCGCUGCCGGUGCUCUUGGUUCUCUGGCCUCCUCCGCCGGUGACUCCUUCCUGUCCUUCUUCGACGAGUCUAUGCACCUGCUCCAGGAGUUUGCUGCCGUCAAGGACAGCGAGGAGGAGCUUGAUCUCCGUGCUAGUGUCACUGACGCUAUGGGUGAGAUGGCUGCUGCCGCUGGCCCUGAGCGCUACCAGCCCUACGUUGAGCCCCUCAUGCGCGCCACCGAGGAGGCUCUCCACCUGGGACACUCCCGUCUCAAGGAGAGCACCUACAUCUUCUGGGGUUCCAUGGCCAAGGUCUACUCUGAGGACUUCUCCCCCUUCCUGGAGGGUGUUGUCAACGGUCUCUUCGCCUGUAUUGAGCAAGAUGAGACCGACCUUGAGGUCGAGCUUGGCGAGGCAGCCAAGGACCUUGUUGGUCAGGAGGUGACCGUUGCUGGCCGUAAGGUCAAGGUCGCUUCCGCUGACGAUGAAGAUGACGUUGAGGGUGAGAUCGAGGAUGUUGACUUCGAGGACGACGAGGAUGCCUGGGACGACAUCACCGCUACCACUCCCCUGUCUCUUGAGAAGGAGAUUGCCGUCGAGGUUAUCGGUGAUCUGAUCACCCACACCCGCAGCUCUUUCCUUCCCUACUUCGAGAAGACCAUUGAGCAGGUCAUGCCCCUUGCUGAGCACCCUUACGAGGGUGUUCGCAAGAGCACUAUCAGCACUCUGCACCGCUCCUACGCUAUGCUCGUCAGCAUUGCUGAGGAGACCGAGCAAAUGGCCAAGUGGCAGCCUGGUCUGCCCCUUCAGGUCCAGCCCGCCAAGGAGGUCAAGAAGUUUGGUGAAAUCCUCAUGACUGCCACCGUCAAGAUGUGGACUGAGGAAGACGACCGUGCUACCGUCGCCGACAUCAACCGAAACAUGGCUGAGAACCUCCGCUUCUGCGGUCCCGCUCUCAUCGCUGACGAGACCAUGCUGCACAACGUGAUCCAGAUGGUCACUGACAUCAUCACGAAGCAGCACCCUUGCCAGCUUGAAUUCGGUCCCGAGGAGGAGACCGCUGAGGCCGGUGAAGAGACUUCCGAGUUCGACUGGGUCGUCGUGGACACCGCCCUUGACGUUGUCUCUGGUAUGGCCGCCGCUCUCGGCUCUAGCUUCGCUGAGCUCUGGAAGGUUUUCGAGAAGACUAUCCUCCGCUAUGCCAGCAGCGGCGAGGCCCUUGAGCGCGCCACCUCCGUCGGUGUCCUCGCUGAGUGCAUCAACGGCAUGGGCGGCUCCGUCACCCCCUUCACCGGUACCUUCCUCAAGCUCCUCCUCCACCGUCUCAACGAUGAGGACCCCCAGACUCGCUCCAACGCCGCCUACGCUGUCGGCCGCCUGGUCGAGCACUCCCAGUCCGACGCUGAGAUGCUGAAGGAGUACCCCACCAUCCUCAGCCGCCUCGAGCAGUGCCUGUCGAUGAACGUGUCUCGCCUGCAGGACAAUGCCACUGGCUGCGUUAGCCGCAUGAUUCUCCGCAGCCGCGACAACGUCCCCACCAAGGACGUCCUCCCCGUCCUGGUUAACAUUCUUCCUCUGAAGAACGACUACGAGGAGAACGAGCCCCUGUACCGCAUGAUUUGCCAGAUGUACAAGUGGGAGGAUCCCACCAUCCGCGAGCUCACCCCUCAACUGCUCCCCGUCUUCCAGGCCGUCCUAACCGGUGACGAGGACCAGCUCGAGGAUGAGCGCCGCGCCGAGCUCAUCGAGCUCGUCAAGUGGCUCAACCAGAUGCAGGCCGGCGCCGCCCCCUGGGUCGAGCAGCUGUAA